CCUGUGGUGAUCUCUGUUUACCGAGAGAGCUUGUCCAAGUUGGGCUCCAUCGCUGCUCUCGCUCCCCUUCGGGGCCCCCGCCCGCCUGGGAAGCGGAGAGAAAGCCGGGCCCAGCCCUUCCUCGCCCUUCCCCUCCCCGCACAGCCCGGAGAGGUCGGACGGCGAUGACCCCCCAGCCCGCCGGACCCCCGGACGGGGGCUGGGGCUGGGUGGUGGCGGCCGCAGCCUUCGCAGUGAACGGGCUGUCCUACGGGCUGCUGCGCUCGCUGGGCCUUGCCUUCCCUGACCUUGCCGAGCACUUUGACCGAAGCGCCCAGGACACUGCGUGGAUCAGCGCCCUGGCCCUGGCGGUGCAGCAGGCAGCCAGCCCGGUGGGCAGCGCCCUGAGCACGCGCUGGGGAGCCCGCCCGGUGGUGAUGGUUGGGGGUGUCCUCGCCUCGCUGGGCUUCGUCUUCUCGGCUUUCGCCCGCAGUCUGCUGCACCUCUACCUCGGCCUGGGCCUCCUCGCUGGCUCUGGUUGGGCCCUGGUGUUCGCCCCUGCCCUAGGCACCCUCUCGCGUUACUUCUCCCGCCGUCGAGUCUUGGCGGUGGGGCUGGCGCUCACUGGCAACGGGGCCUCCUCGCUGCUCCUGGCGCCUGCCUUGCAGCUUCUCCUCGAUACUUUCGGCUGGCGGGGCGCUCUGCUCCUUCUCGGCGCGAUCACCCUCCACCUCACCCCUUGUGGCGCCCUGCUGCUACCCCUGGCCCUUCCUGGCGACCCCCCAGCCCCACCGCGUAGUCCCUUAGCUGCCCUCGGCCUGGGACUCUUCACACGCCGGGCCUUCUCGAUCUUUGCUCUAGGCACAGCCCUGGUUGGGGGCGGGUACUUCGUUCCUUACGUGCACUUGGCCCCCCACGCUUUAGACCGGGGCCUGGGGGGAUACGGGGCAGCGCUGGUGGUGGCCGUGGCUGCGGUGGGUGAUGCGGGCGCCCGGCUGGUCUGCGGGUGGCUGGCAGACCAAGGCUGGGUGCCUCUCCCGCGGCUGCUGGCCGUAUUCGGGGCUCUGACUGGGCUGGGGCUGUGGGUAGUGGGACUGGUGCCCGUGGUGGGGGGCGAAGAGAGUUGGGGGGGUCCCCUGCUGGCCGCGGCUGUGGCCUAUGGGCUGAGCGCGGGCAGUUACGCCCCGCUGGUUUUCGGUGUGCUCCCCGGGCUGGUGGGCAUCGGAGGUGUGGUGCAGGCCACGGGACUGGUGAUGAUGCUGAUGAGCCUCGGAGGGCUCCUGGGCCCUCCCCUAUCAGGCUUCCUAAGGGAUGAGACAGGAGACUUCACCACCUCUUUCCUCGUGUCUGGCUCUUUGAUCCUCUCCGGCAGCUUCAUCUACAUAGGGUUGCCCAAGGCGCUGCCCUCCUGUGGUCCAGCCUCCCCUCCAGCCACGCCUCCCCCAGAGAGGGGGGAGCUGCUUCCCGCUCCCCAGGCAGUCUUGCUGUCCCCAGGAGGCCCUCGCUCCACUCUGGACACCACUUGUUGAUUAUUUUCCUGUUUGAGCCCCUCCCCCAAUAAAGAAUUUUUAUUGGGUUUUCCUGAAACC